UUUUUUUCUCUCUCUCAAAGCCAUAAAGUGGAGGUGGGCUCUCAGCGUUGAGAGGGAGCAUCCGUGCGCAACCUGCGAUGCUGUCUGGACGCGGCGCCGUGAGCCCGUGAGACACCCCGGCGCAUUGAGCUGGAGCCCAGCAAAGCGGGGAGCCUUUAAGAAGCAAAACUCUAUUUGUGCCGCAGUGGGCUAAUUAGAAGGAAAAAAACCUGAAUGCUUCAAAGAGCCUUUGGAAGUCCAAUUGUGAAGUGCUCGGAAUACCAUACUGAUAGGAACCACUCCUCUCCACCAUGAGCAUCUUCUCACCAAUGCCAUAAAAAAGAGCAGGGAUUAGAGGUUGUACCUUGAAAAGGAAGUCUUCUAUUAACUGGUGAUUGCACGAGAGGCUUAUUUGCCCUUGGCAACUAAAGAUGAUGUUGCUAUGGAAACUGCUGUUACUGCUAUCAUUCAUUGGCUGCCUAGCAGAGAAUGGCAAGCCGCACGGGCCAGUUUUUAUCCAUGAGCCAGAUGACAUUGUGUUUCCCGUGGACUCUGAAGAAAGGAAGGCCACGUUAAACUGUGAAGCAAAAGGGAAUCCAACACCACAUUACAGAUGGCAAAGAAAUGGCACAGAUUUUGACAUAAGCUUGGAUUACCGUUAUAAUUUGAUUGGUGGCAGUCUGGUGAUCAAUAACCCAGUUAGGACUCAAGAUUAUGGAACCUACCAAUGUUUUGUAACAAAUUCGUUUGGCACAAUCGUGAGCAGAGAAGUGAAGCUUCAGUUUGCAUAUCUUGAAAACUUCAAAGGGAAAUCGAGAAAUAACGUGUCCGUCCGAGAGGGGCAAGGCGUUGUGUUGCUUUGUGGUGCUCCAUCACAUUCUACAGAACUGGAGUAUGCUUGGAUAUUUAAUCAAUUUCCAACUUUUGUGGAGCAAGACAAUCAUCGCUUUGUGUCUCAAAAAACCGGUAACUUAUACAUAUCGAAAGUGAAGGUUUCAGACGUGGGUGCUUAUAUCUGCGAGAUAAAGAACACAGUAACUAAUAAAAGAGUUCUGAGCCCACCCACUCCCUUGGUACUGCGGACUGAUGGGGUAAUGGGUGAAUAUGAACCUAAGAUUGAAGUCCGUUUUCCAGAAAUAGUUUUUGCAGCCAAAGGAUCAACAGUGAAACUGGAAUGUUUUGCUCUGGGAAAUCCAGUUCCCGCAAUCAGCUGGAGAAAAAUUGGUGGUUCAUUUUCUGACAAGGUCAAAGCAAACAAGACAUUCGGUGUGCUUGAAAUCCCAAACUUCCAGCAGAAGGACUCAGGCACAUAUGAAUGCACUGCUGAAAAUUCAAGAGGAAAGAACACAGCAAGAGGACAGCUGGUUUUUUAUGCACGGCCUAACUGGAGUCGGAGCAUAUCAGAUGCGUUUGUUCCCAUCGAAGAAAGUCUUCAGUGGGUUUGCAAGGCAAAUGGGGACCCGAAACCUUCACACAGAUGGCUGAAGAAUGGUGAACCCCUCAUGAAGGAGGAGAGAAUUCGGGUGGAAAAAGGAGCACUUACUAUCCCUGCUGUUAACUUGUCCGAUUCUGGCAUGUAUCAAUGCCUGGCUGAAAACAAACAUGGAGUAAUUUACCUCAGUGCUGAGCUCCGAGUUUUGGCAUCAGCUCCCGAUUUCUCAAUGAGCCCCUUGAAGAAAUUAAUAGCUGUUAGCGUGGGUGGUGAGGUCAUCAUUGAAUGUAAACCAAAGGCUUCCCCGAGACCAACCUUCGCUUGGAUGAAAGGAAAUGUCAUUCUGCAAGAAAAUGAAAGAAGAAUUAUCCUGGAGGAUGGUAGUCUCAGAAUAGCUAACGUGACAAAGAAGGAUGGCGGACACUACGCUUGCAUUGCUCGGAAUUACUUUGGGUCAUCCAACAGCACAGGAACAUUGAUGGUGAAAGAUCCAACAAGAAUUACCAUUCCACCUUCGGACAUGGACGUCACAGUGGGUGAAAGUACAAUCUUACCAUGCCAAGUCUCUCAUGAUCCUUCACUGAGUGUUGAAUUUGCAUGGUCUUUUAAUGGACAACUUAUAGACUUCAGAAGAGAUAGAGAUCAUUUUGAAAAGGUUGGAGGGCAGGGAUCCUCUGGUGAUUUGAUGAUCAGAAACAUUCAACUUAAGCAUGCCGGCAGAUUUGUCUGCAUGGUCCAGACUACUGUGGACAGUGCAUCAGCAGCAGCUGACUUGAUUGUCAGAGUUCCACCAGGUCCGCCAGGGGGUGUGAUAAUGGAGGAGAUCACAGAUACAACAGCUCAACUCUCUUGGAGCCCCGGUAUUGACAACCACAGCCCAAUCUCAAUGUACACUGUGCAGGCAAGGACUCCCUUUUCAGUGGGUUGGCAAGCUCUCAAAACAGUUCCUGACAUCAUUGGUGGUGAUGCUGUAACAGCAACUGUGAUCGACUUAAGUCCAUGGGUGGAAUAUGAAUUCCGAGUUGUUGCUAGCAACAGCAUUGGUAUUGGGGAACCAAGCUUGCCAUCUGAAAAAUCCAGGACGGAAGAAGCCCUUCCUGAAGUAGGUCCAGCUAAUGUAAGUGGGGGAGGUGGCAGCCGAUCAGAACUGGUAAUAACUUGGGAGCCUGUUCCGGAAGAGUUUCAAAAUGGUGAGGGCUUUGGAUAUGUGGUUGCUUUUCGACCGGCUGGGGCCACAAGUUGGAUGAAGGCGGCAGUAACAUCAGCAGAUGCAUCGAGAUAUGUUUUUAGAAACGAAAGUGUCCCACCUUUCUCUCCCUACGAAGUAAAGGUUGGAGUUUACAACAACCAAGGUGAAGGACCUUACAGCUCAGUAAUCACUGUGUUUUCAGCCGAGGAGGAGCCCACUGUAGCACCGUUCAAUGUCUCAGCCAGAAGUCUGUCAGCCUCAGAAGUCCAGGUUUUCUGGGAAGCUAUUCCUUGGGAGACAAACAAAGGAAAAGUGCGGGGUUAUGAGAUAUGGUACUGGACAGAUGAUGAAAAUGAAGAUGUCGCAAGCAAAAUGAUAUCAAAUGGAAACCACACGACGACAAAGGUCACAGGAUUGAAAGGCAGCACAUUUUAUUACAUGGUAGUCACAGCAUACAGCAGUGCUGGAACUGGGCCUGCCAGUCCUCCCGUUAACGUCACAACGAAGAAACCGCCACCAAGUCAAGCACCUGGAAAAAUAAGGUGGGAAUCAGCGAGCUCCAGGGUUGUCCUAAACUGGGACCAUGUCAAAGCAAUGGAAAAUGAAUCUGAAGUGACAGGAUACAAAGUUUUGUACAGAAACAACAGGCAGAGCAGGACAAAGGUGAUAGAAACCAAUAACACAUCUGUGGAGCUUCUACUCCCCGAUGAUGCUGACUAUAUCAUUGAAGUGAAGACCUUCAGCGAUGGAGGAGAUGGAAUUAGCAGUGCUCAAAUCAGGAUCCCCAGAAUGUCAUAUCCAGACGGUGGAAAAAGUGGAGCCUCAGCAUCGAACACUUGUACAUUGUCAGCCUUUAGUACGAUAGUGCUAUCUUUGUCAGCCAGAUCAGCAUUAUGGUGAAAACAUACACUGACUUACCUGACAUCCUUUAAUCAGUCAAAGAUCUAAAGACUUGUAAUGAGUAAAUCUACAAAUUUUGCUAUUGUGCAUUUACUGACCCACCAAUGUUAUCUUUUCCUAUAAAUCUUUAUGACUGUACAUUUUGUCAUUUCAAAUUUAUGUGGACAAACCAGUAAUUACCAGUACAAUUCAUGCAACAGGUUAAAUUAAGACAUAUGUUCUUUGCCUGAGGUUUUGUUUGGGUUUUUCAAAUGCACUAAAGUCAACAUCUGAAAAACAUCAGACACUUGAUGUAACCAAAGCGUACAAUCUAAUGGUUUGCGUAUAAUGUACAGAUGGCUAUAUUUAUACAUGUGAAAUGUUCAGUAUUUUGAAAUUAUUAUUUAGCACAAUUUUUUUAAGUAUCUUGGAAUGUGUUGUUGGUUUUAACAUUGUAAUACAAUUUUCAAAUUUGUCACCUGUACCAGAAAUCAUUGUUGCCUGUAUGAAAAUAGGAGAUUUAACCAGAUAACAUUGGUGCAGUAUCUAUACCUUAACUGACAAAGAUUUCUCUGGAAUAUCCAGGCGCAGUCAUAACAAAUGAAAAAUAAAACGUAUGUACUCACUUCCACAUUUCACAACUAUUGAUGACUUCCUAUGAUUUGAAAUGCAUUAUAUUUUUGUUGCAGCAAGCCAACCUGGAUUAUCUAGUAUAUUCUAAUGUAGUAACAAGCAAUGAAGUUUAAUUAAAAUAUAAUGACGAACAAGGCUAAAAUUGAUUGUUAGGUAUGCAUUGGUCAAGUGUAAUAUGCAGCAUAUUUACAAAGUCUAUAGCUGGGGGAGGGGGAGAAGUAAGACAACAGAUGAAAAAGGUGAAAUAAAUCAAAUCUGUGAUGUUGCAUGUGAAGGUGCAUUUAUUUUUCUGUUAAAUUAAUGUACAUAAGUCUUACAGUGCAUAUUUGUAAAUAUACAUCAGGAGCAACAUCAUUUUACAAUAAGCUGUUACUAGAUUAGCUGUAAAGGUGAGCUGGUCAGUUUGAUUACCGGAUUGAAUCUAAAUGGUUGUUAUAGUCUUUUAAAAGUUUGAUCUACUUUCAGAAAAAUAAUUGUUUACAACUAUGUUUUUUAAACUUCAAAUCUGUUUUAUAUUUUUCAUUUGUCUGUUAUGACUGGCCACUGUUAAUGUAGGCAGCAGUAUUUACAUUUAAAUAUUGUUUGCUUAAUUCUGUAAAUAGUAAUUUGACAAAAAUCCUUUGAAAUAAAUCUGCCUUGAAACAGUUUUCCCCCAUUAUCAUCCUCUUAAUAAUCCCCAUAGAAUACUAUUUUCUAUCUGUCGUAAAUAACAGUUUUUCACGAUCCUAUCUUUUUGCCAAAGGAUCAAGACAAAUAUUAGAAGCCAAGUUUGGGAGAUGUACAUUUAUAGUUUAGGUACAGGUUCAUAUUUAGAAUUAGGAUUGUAAUAUAAAUGGCAUUGUAUGAACAAGACUCAGUUUAAAUAUAAUGUCCGCAUAGGGCUAUAAAUAUGCACAUGUUUUGAACUCCCGUGGCAAUGUUCACAGGUAAUUUGGUUUCUGAUCUUUGCCAUGGCACCACUGAGGCCUAAAUGUGAGACCAAUUCAUUCAUCCCUGUCACACAUUGGCUCAGACAUUCCUAUACAAGUGACAGUGAAGCUAAUGUACUCUCUGUAACUUGCACUACUUCAGCUGAGGAGGAGGAGGAGGUACAGAGUUGAAGUGAAAAGUUACUGAUCCAGUUACAAACAUGCAUCAGUAGCUCUGCUGAAAUGGCGUGUUGCUGUCCGGCUCAUCAUUGAAAUGCAUUGAACAUUGUAAAAUUGCUGCUUUUGUCGUAGUUGCAAAUUAAACUUCAGAGAAAUUUAAA